CAAGUAUUGCAAAGUGGAAUGACUAACAUUUAUGGCGAUAUUUUUUUCCUGUUCGUCAAAGAAAUUAAAAUAUGAUUGUCGUGAGUGUGGACUGUUAUGAUUAAAAACUUCGAGAUACAUCUCCAUGACAGAAUGAUAUUUUGGAUGUUUGGUUUGGUCUGCUUGGCCCGACCGUGUACUGGAGUCUUUAUAGACGGGUUGGACUGCAGUCUAGACUGUGCGUGCUGUAAGGGAGGAGUGAGUCAAUGUGGAUUUCUUCAUCCAGGUGGAGACAAUUAUUGUUUUGAUGGCUGCAUUGAUGGAAUAUAUGGCUACAGAUGUCAUAAUCCCUGUCCGGGUAACUGUUAUUCGUGUGCACUAGAGACAAGCAGGCCAUGUUACAGCUGCAAGGCUACAUUUUAUGAUACAGACAGUCUGUGUAGCAAGAGCUGUUCAGUCGGGUGUGAUGGGGGAGUGUGUAAUGAUGAUGGAACAUGUAGUACAUGUACAGAAAACUUCGAAGGAACAAAAUGCGAGACGUGUAUACAAGGGAAAUUUGGUUCAAGUUGUACACAAUAUUGCAUUAUUCAGAACUGCCGAUGUUCGACUGGAACUGAUUGUUCUUCUUGUAAAACGGGGUUCUACGACAGAAAUAACUUCUGUCAAACAGCUUGUUCCCCGGGAUGUCAGAAUGCCGUUUGUAAUGAUAACGGAAAUUGCAAUUGUCGAGCUGAGUUUAUGGGAAAUAAAUGCAGUGAAUGUCAGUCAGGAUAUUAUGGGGCAUACUGCAACGUGUCCUGUUCCGCAGGAUGUGUGAAUGGACUGUGCUUAAAAGAUGGUACUUGCUUAUGUCAUCCAAACUUCGUUACAGAGAAAUGUGAUACGUGUGCUGAUGGAAGAUACGGUGUUAACUGUGACGAUAUUUGCAGCGUAGGAUGUACCAAAAGGUCCUGUGACAGAAGCAAUGGCUUUUGUAAAUGUAUACCAAACUUUUCGGGCGAUACAUGCGACCAAUGCAUAUCAGGCUUUUACGAACAAUUAUGUAACUUACCUUGCUCGGAUAAUUGCAACGAACGCACAUGCUCACGAUACCAGGGGAACUGCACACAUGGAUGUGUUGAUGGAUAUUCGGGUCAACAUUGCACAACCCCUUGUGAUAAAACAUGCGCAACAUGUCUACAACAUGCCGAAUCAGAAUGUCUGGAUGCUCAAGAGACUCUUUUGGAAGUAUGUGUGAUAGCAAAUGCCCUGAAAAUUGUCAGCAAGGGGACACAGAAACGAGCUGUAAUAUCGAUGGCGACUGUUUAUAUGGCUGCAUCAAUGACCUUGGAGGCAGAGAUUGCUCAGUGGAACUAA